CACACGGCCGUUGACAAAACCGCGCGCUUGGAUGCUUAGUCUAGUCUGCCGUUUCCAUCCCAAAUUCCCAACCCAGCAGACAUUCCCAACCACCAAAGCCGCCUCCGCCUCCCUCCAUUUCUUGUCUGCUUCGUCCCCCCAACCGUCGCUGAGCCCCCUACUAAUCGCCAAGAAGCUCUCCUCCUCUGCCUCCACCGCCAAGAACCCACCCAGUUGGUGGUAUCCGCCAUGGAUCGGUCCAAGUCGUACGCGGGGGGGCGCAUGCAGAUCGAGCCGUACUACGGCGGCGGCGGCGGAGGCGCGCGGCCGGACUUCCGGUCCUACUCGUACAGCGCCGGCGGAGCUGGUGGCGGGAUGGGGAUGUCGUCGUACUCGUACCAGUACGAGUACGGCGGCGGCGCGGCGGCGGACGGGGACCUGAAGCGGAGCAAGUCGUCGAAGCGGCGGUGGCUGGCGCUGGGGGACCCGGACAUGGAGCGCAAGCGGCGGGUGGCGGCGUACAAGGCGUACGCCGUGGAGGGCAAGGUGAAGGGCUCCUUCCGCAAGAGCUUCAAGUGGAUCAAGGACCGGUACCUCCACCUCGUCUACGGAUGGUCAUGAAGCAACUCACUUCUUCGAUCAUGUCAAGUCUCUAGUUUUGGCUGCCUUCUUCGAUUCUCCCUCUCUGUUCGUUCCUUCUUGCUUGCUUCGACCAUGGUGAGUACGAUCGAGUACAUAUUAAGAAACAGUAUACAUAAACGCUGCUUCGAUUUUUCCUCCUCCUUUUUCCAGGGCUUUGGUAGAUGUUGUUCUUGAUCGAUGAUGAUACCAAGCAGUCGAGUGUUAUAUCCAAAAAAAGAGAAAGAAAAAGUCGAGUGUUUGAUGGAUGAUGUAACCUAAUGAAGGGGAUGUUGUUUCAAAUUGUUCUUGGAUGAAUCGAUCGAUCGAUCGAUCGAUGAUUGAUGGAUGGAUGGUGGCACGUGCUUGGUCGUU